GCUGUUACCAAGUGCUUCUUGCUGCAACUGAAACUGGGAAAAAAGAGAUGGCACCUGUCAAGAAGGGUAUCAUUGAACGCCUGAAUGCUGGGGAAGUGGUCAUUGGCGAUGGCGGCUUUGUGUUUGCUCUUGAGAAGAGGGGGUAUGUGAAAGCUGGGCCAUGGACUCCUGAGGCUGCCUUCACACACCCUGAGGCUGUGCGCCAGCUGCACAGGGAGUUCCUGAGGGCGGGAGCGAAUGUCAUGCAGACAUUCACAUUCUACGCCAGCGAUGACAAACUGGAGAACAGGGGCCAGUCCUUGAAGAUUUCUGGGGCACAAAUCAAUGAGGCAGCUUGUGACCUUGCAAGGGAGGUAGCCAAUGAAGGAGAUGCACUGGUGGCUGGCGGUGUGUGUCAGACACCCUCUUACCUGAGCUGUAAGAGUGAGACAGAGGUGAAAGCCAUCUUCAAGAAACAGCUGGAAGUCUUCAUCAAGAAGAAUGUGGAUUUCUUGAUCGCUGAGUACUUUGAGCAUGUUGAGGAGGCAGAAUGGGCUGUGCAGGUGCUCAAAACCAGCGGCAAGCCUGUAGCUGCCUCUAUGUGCAUCGGACCAGAGGGAGACCUGCAUGGAGUCUCACCUGGAGAGUGUGCUGCCAGGCUGGUUAAGGCCGGUGCCCAGAUUGUGGGAGUGAACUGCCACUUUGACCCCAUGACCUGUGUGAGGGCAGUUAAGAUGAUGAAGGAUGGAGUGGAGAGAGCUGGGCUGAAGGCACACUACAUGGUGCAGCCUCUGGCAUACCACACCCCUGACUGCAGCUGCCAGGGAUUCAUCGAUCUGCCAGAAUUCCCAUUUGCCCUGGAGCCCAGGAUCCUGACCCGCUGGGACAUGCACAAGUAUGCCAGAGAGGCCUACAAGGUUGGCAUCCGCUUCAUCGGUGGCUGCUGUGGGUUUGAGCCUUACCAUAUCAGGGCUGUGGCAGAGGAGCUGGCCUCUGAGAGAGGCUUCCUCCCUGCAGCUACAGAGAAACAUGGACUGUGGGGUUCAGGUCUCGAGAUGCACACCAAGCCUUGGGUUAGAGCCAGGGCCCGUCGUGAUUACUGGGAGCAGAUCCACCCAGCAUCUGGUCGUCCAAAGUGUGCGUCUAUGUCCACUCCAGAGGGCUGGGGCGUGACCAAGGGCCACGCUGACUUGCUGCAGCACAAAGAGGCCACCAGCACUCAGGAAAUGAAGCACUUGCUGGAGAUGCAGAAGAAGGCCAAGAUGUCUUCAUGAGAGAGAGAGCAAACCCACUUGACAGCUGGGAAAGGCGGACAGGGAAAAGAGAAGGGAGAGGGUGCAGAGUCUUUCCCAGUUCAGUUUGGAGAUAACAAGCACUUGUAACAGCACUGUUCGUAGCAUGGAUCAUCACUUUGU